UAAUUUCAUUUUAUUAGAGGCUAACCAAGUGCUUAAGAAAGGAGAGAAGGGAGAUGAGCCUCUCUUUCUCUUGAUUUCUCCAUCCUAGGGGAGGAUGAAGGGUGAAGGCUAGAUCUAUUGUUGUAUAGAUGUUGUCCUUGUAAUUUAGUUGAAUUUAUCUCUUAAAUCCGUGGCUAAAUCUCGUAUUCUUGGAUGUUUCUUCCGUUUUUCUUUUUCGAGUUUUUCGGAGCAGUUUCGUGGGAAUUUUCAUCCUUCGUGUUUGAGCCAAAUCUCGCGAGGGUUGUUGGGGGGAAUAUGUUGCUAGGAUCCUUAUGUGCAACUUUAGUGUGAUUCCCGCCUAAAUCCCUCACGGAUUCGAUUUGAAUUCGAAGUUUUCCACGAAACCGUGUUCUUAGUAGGGCGUUCUUUGUUCUCUAAAAUUCGCGAUGGAUACUUGAGCUUUUUUAGAUCUUUCUCACGGAUCUGUUAGCCCUUGAGGUGGUGCUUCUAUUGCUCAAGUUUUAUUUUGAUUCCGUGGAGCAUUGAAGGAGUUCUUUUGAUUUGAAGUUGGUCGUGUUUCCUGUGCUGUUCAUCUAUUAUUCCGUUUCUCUCUGUCUCGGGCAGCAGGGCGUCGGGCGAAGCAGGCGGCCACCUUGCGCUGCGCACGCGCUCGCGCACGCGAGCCGCACGUGCGCCAGGCACAGCAGGCCGCGGUGGGCAGCCAGCCCAGCAGCAGCGAGCAGAGCAGUCCAGCCCAGCUCGGUGGGUUGCUCGCGGCCCAGGCGGACGGCGCCACCAGGCCGGGCGAGCAGGCCUCCAACAGCACGGCCCAGUGCGCGCACCAGGCCGGCAUCCAGACAGCUUUCCCCUCAUUGCUACAAUGGCAGGGUCACUUAUCUCUUGCUCUCCUUCAGUGGAUCUGAAGGUAGAGAAGCCUGAUGAGAUGGUCACAACUGGUGUUCUUGCGAGUCUUCAGAAUUUCCUACGCAAGUGCCUGAUAGCUGUCCUCUCAUAUGGCCCGAUGCCCAAGCACAUUGCGUUUAUCAUGGACGGUAAUCGCAGAUAUGCUAAAUUCAGAAGCAUCCAGCAAGGAGCUGGUCACAGGGUGGGUUUCUCAGCUCUUAUUGCAAAUCUGCUGUACUGCUACGAAAUGGGUGUGAAGUACAUCACGGUUUAUGCAUUUAGCAUUGACAAUUUUAAAAGGGACCCAAGUGAGGUGCAGUCCUUGAUGCAGUUAAUGGAGGAAAAGAUCAAUGAGCUAUUAGAAAACCGAAGUGUGAUCAACAAGAUUAAUUGUAAAAUCAACUUCUGGGGAAACUUGGACCUGUUAUCUGAGCCUGUGAGGGUAGCAGCUCAGAAGCUGAUGGCAAGCACAGCUGGAAACACAGGGCUCGUCUUCUCUGUCUGCAUGCCAUACAACUCGACUUCUGAGAUUGUCAAUGCUGUUAAUGAGGUCUGCGCAGAAAGGAGGGAGAUGCUGCUGAGAGAACAUGCCGGUGAUUCUGAUGAUCAAGCUGCAAAUAACGGUGUGAACUCAGAGAUUUCAGUGGCCGAUUUGGAUCGGCACAUGUAUAGUGCUGGUUGCCCAGAUCCUGAUAUCGUGAUCCGGACUUCAGGUGAGACUCGACUGAGCAAUUUCCUCCUGUGGCAGACGACGUUUAGUCAUUUGCAGAACCCAGACCCCCUGUGGCCUGAAUUCUCGUUCAGGCACCUUGUUUGGGCUAUAUUGCAGUACCAGAGAGCUUACCCUUAUCUGGAGCAGAACAGAAAUCUGGCAAAGAAGCAACUGUGAUCUUAUGUUGUCUGCAAGAAGAUUAUAGCUAUAACACAUCUAGCUUAUAUGCCAAAACAAAGGUAGCUUAUGCCAUUAUGGACCGAUUUCAGGUCAAAUGUGUCUGUCAUUGUAACUGCGUAAGUCAUUUAAGCUUAUACACAAAUCUUGUGGUCUGAAUACCAAAUUUUACUAAAUAAAGUGUCUUUUUCUCUCUCUGAAA